AUUUUAUCAAUUAUAACUAACUUAAAAUAUUUUUAAUUGAAAAACAUUAUAGAAAGAUGCAUUUUAAACUCUAUAGCUUAUUAAUAAUAUUGUACUUUAUUUCCAGUACGUCGGGCUUAAUUCAAGAACACAUGUUAUCACAUUUUCUAAGUUAUUUCAAAAUAUAUCCAAUGGAUCAACCUAAUUUGAAUGAGAUAACCAGAUUUUACAAUAUUCCCUCUUAUUCCCUUCAGGCAAAUAGUACAUGGUUUGUGCAAAUGAAAUAUUUCUUGUUGCACGUCUCUAAAAAUUAUUUAGAUCCAGUUCCUCCUAAUGUAGGUUUUCUUUCAUAUUCACAUGUUAGAAAAGUUGUCAAAGCAUUUGAAAAAUAUGAUUUUGAACAAAAAUGCGUAUUUAACAAAGAAAUGUUGAUAAAAAUUUUUGAUGAUAUUAGUUUCAAUAUCUUAUAUAAUAAAGAAAUAUAUAAGAAAUUCUUGAUAUUUUUUGCGGCUGAUAAUGGAGAUUCUAUCAAUUAUUUGCAAAUUUUUUACUUGUUGACGAGGUACUUUAAUUUUUGUAAAAAUUAUCAUGCACUAACAUACGAUUAUGUUCAAUAACUAUUAAGUAAAUAAAUAAUAAUAUUAAGUUUUAAUUGUUUACAAAUUUUAAUUUAGAUCAUAUUGAAACUAUAUUUCAAUAUUUUAAAAUAAACACUUUUUAAUUUUUUUUAUUACUCAAAAUGUUACACAUUAAUUUGUUUUAUAAAAAAAUUUCUAUUUAUUUGUAAAAAGUAUUAUA